AUGGACUGGAGAAAAUUAUUUGGGAGUUCCACAAGCAACAACCUCAAUUUUUUCCCUUCGAAAAUCAACGAUGGAAUUCCGAUGAUCAUUCCACCAGCCGAGAUACUGGAAGCUGGUAGCGCAGAGUGGAAGCUUUCCCUAGUAGGGCAAUUCUUGGGUCCAACACCAAAUUUCACAACAAUGCAGCGUAUUGUUAAUAGUCUUUGGACAAAGGCGCUUCAAGGUUCUCGGGUCCAGGUCAGUCUUGCAGGCCCUAAUCUCUAUAUUUUCUCUUUUGAUUCUGAAGCUGCUAGAGAAUGGGUCUUAGAAAAUCUGUGGCACAUACUUAAUAAGACGUUGAUCUUAAGGAAAUGGGAACCUAGUUUAAAACGACUAGACUUUGAUCUUUCAAAAAUCUCAAUAUGGAUUCAUAUUUAUAAUGUUCCACUCGAGUUAUUCAACCAAGUAGGAUUAAGCUACAUAGCAAGCGGAAUAGGGAUUCUUAUCUCAAUGGAUUAUGUCACUGCUCUUAGAACAAGACUGCAAUUUGCAAAAGUGUGUGUUGAGAUUGAUGUGAAUGAUGAAAUCCCCAAACAAGUUGAAGUUGUUCUUCAAAAUGGACAAUCAACCUCUGUUUUUAUUGAAAUUCCUUGGCUUCCUCCUAGAUGUAGGAAAUGCAAGGUCUUUGGUCACAAUGAUAAAAAUUGUUUGGUUAAACACAGUGUAAUUCCAGCCUCUAAUCAAGUCUGGAAAAUCAAAGAAUCAUCAAAUGCCAACUCCUCUCAUGGAGAAGUUGUUCUUCCUUUAAUUCCGUCCACUUCUGAUACAUCUCCUAAGGAUUUUCCACCAAGUGUUUCUAUUUCAGCUGAAUCAUCAAAUCCUGAACAACCUGUUGUGCCUGUUCUAUCAGAUUUACCUUCCACUGAUCCUUUCGACAUGAAUCUUGAGUCUGUUUCUGCCACCCAUAUCUGUCAAAAUAAAUAUGAUCUUCAAGCUAACCCAACUAUUGAAAUCCAACACAGUUCUGAUCAUUCUUCGUAUCCUGAAAAUAGCUCUGCAGUUCCUAAACGUGAUAGGGAAAGACCCUCUAAGGAAAAGGUUGAUUGUGCUGGUUCAAGUAAUAGAUUUAAGUUACUAAGUUCUAUUGAAGAAGUCCCCCUAGUCAAGAUGUCCCUCAAAGGAAAAUUAGAAUUGCUUCAAAAGGAGUGGCUGAACUUAGGAUUCAACCAUCCUCUAAAGCAAGACAAAGUCCUUCUUAGGGCUUCUCAGAACAAUGUUGAUAUUCUAUGUUUACUAGAAACAAGAGUUAAGGUUGACAAAUCUAAGGACAUCUUUCACUCUAAAUUAAUCAACUGGAAUGUUAGCUCCAAUUAUGAUUUUGCUAACAAUAGGAGAAUUUGGAUUCUUUGGAAAAAGAAUAUUGAUCUCUCUACAAUUCAAGUCUCUGACCAGAUCAUUUCUGUUAAAGGUCAGUUUCUAGGUCAAUCUUUUGUUUUAUCAGCUGUAUACGGUAGCAAUGAUAAUAUAACCAGAAGACAGCUAUGGCAGCAUAUUCAAGACCUGGAAAGAACUAUUGGUCACCUCCCUUGGAUCCUUGGAGGUGAUUUUAACAUCAUUUUGCAGCCUAAUGAAAGCUCUAACCAUGAGCUCCUUUGUCCCUUUUCCACUACUGAAAUGAAAGAUUUUCAAGACCUAUCUCAAGAUCUUGACCUCCAUGACCAUCCUUUCAUUGGACCUUUAUUAACUUGGAGCAACAAGCAAACUGAAAACUACCUUGAUAAAAAGCUUGACAGAGUUCUCAUAAACUCUAACUGGGUCAACAACUUUCAAAAUCCUUUUGUUGAAUUUCUUCCCCCGGGUGUCUCAGAUCAUUGUAUGGCAUCGGUCCGGUUUUCUAAAGAUAACCCCAUAAAUAAACCUAAGCCUUUCAAAUUUUUUUAUUUCUGGACUUCUCACCCGAAUUAUCUGACUGAGAUUGAGAAUUCCUGGCAGACUCUUUUUCAAGGUAACCCUAUGCAGAUUUUGUUCCAUAAGCUAAAACACCUCAAAUCCAGCCUCAAGAAUCUUAAUUCUUCCUGUUUUAGUGAUAUUUCUUCUCGGAUUAAACUCAAAAGACUUGAGCUGGAAAAUCAGCAAUUGCUCUCUCUAAAGGGUGAAAAUUUAAUCGAAAAAGAAUUGCAGAUUCAGCAUGAACUGCGAAACUUAGAAGAAGCUGAACUAACAUUCUUGAAACAAAAAGCAAAGGGAAAUCGAUUAGAAUCCUUUGAUACAAUGUCUUCUGAAGUUCUUUAUUUCUUUACCAAACUCCUUGAGGCUGCUGAUCUCAAAGUUAAUGUCCCUGGCCCUCAGUUUUUUACUGAUUUUCUGAAAUGCACUCUUCCCUCUACUAUUUCUUCUUGUCUGACCAAAGAUAUCACCUCUCAAGAAAUCAAAGAAGCCUUCUUUGGACAGGGUAAUGAUAAGGCCCCUGGCCCUGAUGGUUAUACUCCUCUGUUCUUCAAAUCUGCUUGGCAUAUUAUUGGUGAGGAUAUAGUGGCAGCUAUCAAAUACUUUUUCCAUCAUACUUUUUUGCUCCCUGCUUUUAAUGCAACCACUUUGGCAUUGAUUCCUAAAAUCCCCAAUCCUUGCAAAGUCAAGGACUUCAGGUCAAUUGCUUGUUGUACUGUUAUUUAUAAGGCUAUCACAAAGAUCUUAGUCCAGAGACUUUCUUGCUUCAUUCCUGACUUAAUUUCUCUUAAUCAAACUGUUUUCAUAAAAGGAAUGAGUAUUGUGGAUAAUACCCUUUUUGCUCAAGAACUGGUCAGAGGAUAUGGUAGGAAAGCUAUCUCACCUAGAUGCUCAAUGAAGAUUGAUCUUCAAAAAGCUUUUGAUACCCUCCAUUGGGGAUUCCUCUCGUAUGUGCUAAGAGCUUUAAAUAUUCCCAUAAAGUUCAUUAACUGGGUUGAAGCUUGUUUUACUGAGGCUAGAUUUUCAAUUUCUUUCAAUGGUACUUUGAUUGGUUAUUUCAAGGGAGCUAGAGGCAUAAGACAAGGAGAUCCCCUCUCUCCAAUUCUCUAUGUUAUUUCUAUGAAUGUUCUUUCAAGAAUUCUCAAUCUUGCUGCUGAAAAAGGAUUGUUUAGCUUUCACCCUAAAUGCAAAAUAAUAGGUCUCACUCAUUUAUCAUUUGCUGAUGACCUAUUAAUCUUCUGCAAAGGCAAUGUGGAUUCUGUUAUAGGAGUCAUUUCUGUGUUGGAUCAAUUCUAUGGAGUCUAUGGUCUUAAUCUUAAUGCUUCGAAAUGCUCUUUCUUCUGUGCUGGUAUAUCUCCUAAUAAUAUUGAUCACAUUAAGAAAGCUAUUGGUUUUCAACAUGGAUUACUGUCUGUUAAAUAUUUGGGAAGGCUGGAACUUAUUAGAGCAGUGCUGUUCAGCAUUGCUAAUUAUUGGUGCAGACAGCUGAUGCUUCCUUACUCAAUAAUUAGCAAAAUUGAACAGCUUUGCUCACGUUUUUUCUGGAAAGGUUCUGAUAAAUCAGCAUCAGGUGAAGGAUCAUUAUGGGUUGCAUGGAUACACACUUAUGUUCUAAAAGAAUCUAAUUUUAGGCUUAUGGAUGAUUAUGCAAACAUAAGCUAG